AUCAACAUAUGGUGCUACUUUCACAAAUUGAAGAAUCAUGAUAAAGGAAUUCAACACCGAAACAACGCUCAACGUAGAGUUGGAGGCCCUGUGGGCAGCUCAGUCGAGAGAUUUCAUUUUCAUUGUUCCAAAGAUUCUACCAAAUAUUGUGAAAGAUGUGCAACUAGUUCAAGGGGAUGGAGGAGUUGGUACCAUCCUCAUCUUUAACUUUUUGCCUGGUAUAUCCCCAGUGAACUAUCAGAGGGAAGAGAUCACUGAGUUUGAUGAGUUAUCCCAUGAAAUUGGGCUGCAAGUGAUUGAAGGAGGCUAUCUGAAUCAAGGUUUGUCAUACUACAAGACAACGUUUAAAUUCACAGCAAUAACACAAGAUAAGACUUUGGUCAACGUGAAGAUCUCUUAUGAUCAUGAAUCCGACGACAUAGAAGAAAAGGUCAAACCUACCAAGACAUCAGAAUCCACUUUAUUUUAUCUUGGCUGCCUAGAAAAGUAUCUCUUGAAUGUUGCUUGAAGAAUAUAUUUGGCCUUGUUAAUUUAUUUUCAGUGUUCUCCAGAGAGUGCUUUCUCAUUAAUGGCAUGUUAUGAAUAAAUUUUUGCUUUUUCUAGCGUUUUAAUAAAAAUUUAUCAUUGGUGUUGCAGAA